AUGGCGCCUUCUACAUCCGACGGUGAGGCGAGCAGCAGCGGGACGGGCUCAAAAUCGAAGGAGAAGGAGCGGCCAAGGUCCUUUGACGAGAAGACCCGGACCGCGUGCUGGCGGAAGGCGGCGGUGCUGGCAGGGCGACACCCAGAGCGGUGGCGGCAGGACGCCGCUGGCAACGUGGUGUGUCGCCGCUUCUGGAGCUGCCACGGCUGCCUCUGCUACGAAUACGACCACAUCAUUCCCUUCUCCAAAGGAGGGGAAUCUACUGUUGAGAAUUGCCAGAUCCUUCAGACUAGGGCGAACCGUUCCAAGUCUGAUAAAGCAUGGGUGGAGAAGGCAGAGAUGCAAGGCUUUUCCUGCGAUAUCAAGUUCACAGAUGAAUUUCUGAUACAUGAUUUGCUUAAUGUUAUUGUCUUAUUGGGCAACAGUGUCACAGAGACACAUUUGCUUAUAUACAUAUUCCCAUCGGAAAUAAAGGGCAAUAGGGUAUUGAAAAGUACUGCAUAUAAUCUCUUUAUAAGAAAGAAAAUUAGGUGA